UGUGCGCAGUUCGUUCGCAUACCAUAACGAUUCUGUGACAGUUGAGCUUUUGUGAAAAACCUAUACCAUGCCUGAACCUGCGAAGUCAGCGCCCGCUCCCAAAAAGGGGUCUAAAAAAGCUGUCACCAAGACCCAGAAGAAGGGGGAUAAGAAAAGGCGUAAGACCAGGAAGGAGAGUUACGCCAUUUACGUGUAUAAAGUACUGAAACAAGUCCACCCGGACACCGGCAUCUCCUCCAAAGCUAUGGGCAUAAUGAACUCGUUUGUAAACGACAUCUUCGAGCGCAUCGCCGGAGAAGCCUCGCGCCUGGCGCAUUACAACAAGCGCUCCACUAUCACAUCCCGGGAGAUCCAGACGGCCGUGCGCCUGCUCCUGCCGGGAGAGCUGGCCAAACACGCCGUGUCCGAGGGCACAAAGGCCGUGACCAAAUACACCAGCUCCAAGUGAAAGUGAACCAACAAGAUGGACUGGACUCUUAUCCUUAAGGAUGGAAGACGAAAACCAUCCACUGUUGUUGUUUGAUGUCCGCAUGAGGGACC